AUUUCGAUUUCCCCCCCCCCCCCAAAUCUCAAUUUUCUUAAAUUCCUUUUUCUUCUCUCAGAUCACCCAUUUCUCUCCGCCCUCUGUGAUUUCCAGGGUUUAGAUUCCCCCCACAAAUCUAGGGUUUCCGUAAUUCUCUGCCAAAGUCUCGAUCUUGACUCGAUUGGUUCGUACCCAUGGCGUCCGAAGCCCUAGAGGAGAAGAAGCCGGAGGAAGAAGCUCCUGUGGAGGACAAGCACGAGAUUGAAGCUAGAGAGGAGGCCGGUGAAGAAGAAGAGAGGGAGGAGCUGCCGGAAGUUUCCGAGAAGGCGACGGAAAACGAAGGAGAGGUAGCUGAAGAAGGUGAGGAAAGUCAGGAAACUCCGAAGAAAGGUAAGAGGGGUCGGAAAGCUAGCUCAGAGAGCCAGACUGAGUCGAAGAAGCGAGGUGGAGACUCAGCUGAGAAGAAGAAGCUGAAGAAGGAAGGUGAAGUGGAGAAGAAGGAGCCGGUCACUCCGGUCAGUGAGAGGCCGACCAGGGAGAGGAAAGUUGUUGAGCGCUACUCGGCUCCCGAGACUGGGAGGUCUUCGGCGACAAAACCAUUGAGCAUUGAAAAGGGUCCUGGGACUCAGCUCAAGGAUAUACCGAAUGUGGCGUUCAAGUUAUCGAAGAGAAAACCUGAUGACAACCUGCAAUUACUGCACACAAUUCUUUUUGGGAAGAAAGCAAAGUCUCACGCUUUGAAGAGAAAUAUCGUCCAGUUUUCAGGUUAUGUGUGGGCUGAGAAUGAGCAAGAAAAACAGAGGACAAGGGUAAAGGAGAAACUUGAUAAGUGUGUUAAAGAAAAGUUGAUGGAUUUUUGUGAUGUGCUUAAUAUUCAAAUCAAUAAAGCUGGCACAAAGAAGGAGGAACUUUCUGUUAAGUUAUUGGAGUUCUUGGAAUCCCCACAUGCUACAACCGAUGUUCUGCUUGCUGAAAAGGAAAAGGAGCAGAAAGGGCAAAAGCGUAAGAAGAAGGUUACACCAAGUAAGACUGCAGGUUCUGGAGAUGGAUCACCGGAAACACCAGCCAAGAAACAGAAGGACACUUCCAGUGCUCAAAAGAAUGAAGAGACAACCAAAGAUGAAGAAGACGUACUUGAUGAUAAAGUUGAACCUUCAGAUUCAAAAGAUGAUCUUGAGGGAGAUGAUGAUGAAAAGAUGAAUGAAGAAAAUGAUCACGGGGAUAAAUCUGAUGAAGACGAAGAUGAUUUAAAGGGUCAGGUAGCAAGUCCAAAACGUUCAUCAAAAGAUGUGAAAGAGAGUUCAAGGGCUAAAACCGGGGGGAAGUCAACACCAGCUAAGAAGAAAACCACCCCAAAAUCUGUGAAAACUACUACAGAUUCUGAAAAGAAACCUCGUUCUUCAAAAAGAGGUGCAACUGAUGUUGAUGGAGCUUCUGGUUCUAAAGCAAAGGGAUCUGUGAAAAAACAGAAGAACGAAAAGGAAAGCCCAAAAGAUAGCAAGACAAAAUCCACUAGCAAGAAACAGUCAAGCAAGUCGCCAGCGAAGGUUCCAGCAAAGGACCAAGUGAAAGGAAAAACUAGCAAGAAAGCAAAGGCAGAGCCCACAAAAGAAGAUGUACAUGCUGUAAUUGUUGACAUUCUGAAGGAAGUGGACUUCAAUACUGCAACUUUAUCUGAUAUUCUCAAACAACUUGGUACCCACUUUGGUAUUGAUUUAAUGCAUAGAAAGGCAGAGGUGAAGGAUAUAAUUACUGACGUGAUAAAUAACAUGACUGAUGAGGAUGAAGACGAAGCAGCUGGUGAUGAUUCUGAGAAAGAGGACCAUGAUGCUUAGUUGGCAGUUGAUAGUGGAUCAGUGCUCAUACAUGACCCAGCAGAAUAUUAACAUGUGGUGCAUUGAGGUAAUUCAUAGCUUAAGAAUGGAUAAAAUGACUUUGGAUCCUGGGUUCCAGGUGUCUGUACCAUAUUUAUUAACAUAUUAGUAGCGUUAAACUGACCUCAGAUUCAUAUGAUAGUUUUGUGAAUUUGAUUUUCAAGUUUAAACCCCCUUCUGUAAGAGUUGUUUAGAUGUAAUUGUCAGCUUGCUUUCCAUUAGAAUUGAGUUGUAAGUGGGUUUAAUAUCGUCUAUUUUUCUUCCCUGUGAACAAUUUUCUAUAUUCAUUAUGUUAUUAUGAAUAUUUGUCUAGUCACAAUAGA